AAUCAUUCGUUUCCAAAUCGCACAGCAAGCGAAAUACCUCGAGAUGGAGAUCCCAACAGCAAUGGAGAAACCCGCGCUGAAGAUCAAGCCCUUGCCGUCGUUCCGCCUCCGCACGUCCAGCCUCAACACCCUGCGCCUCCGCCGCAUCUUCGACCUCUUCGAUGGAAACGGGGAUGGUGAGAUCACGACGGCGGAGCUCUGCGCCGCGCUCGAUCGCCUCGGCCUCGGUGCUGAUCCGACAGAGAUCGGCACCCUAGUGAAAGCGCACGCCCCCGCCGGCCGUACCGGGCUGGAUUUCCCGGCGUUUGAGUCGCUGCACCGAGCCCUAGGCGAUGAGUUACUCGGUGUGGCGGAGGAGGGGGAGAAGGAGGCGGAAGCGGAGGAGGACAUGGAAGAGGCGUUCAGAGUGUUUGAUGAGGAUGGGGAUGGGUUCAUCUCGGCAAGGGAGCUGCAGGCAGUGCUGGGGAAAUUAGGGUUUGUGGAGGGGCGGAGCUUGCAGACGGUUCACGAGAUGAUAUGCUCCGUCGAUCGGAACAGUGAUGGCAUGGUGGAUUUCGGGGAGUUCAAGAGCAUGAUGCGUGGCAUCGCCGUCGCCGUUCCCGGUGCCUAACCCUUCCCUUCUCUUCUCAUCUCUUCUCUUUUGUUCUUCUUUUCUUGUUUUAUAGUAGUUGCUGAAUGGCAAUUUAGACUGUUAUGAUUCAAAUGUCAAAAUCGUUUUUUUAGAAGUUUAAAAGUAGAAAUUAUAUAAUGUAAUUUUUAAUGUAGUUUGACUUUCUAAAUGCUGAAUGGAUGGGAAUAUGCUUGUGAAUUAUUUGA